AUGGACGUAGUAGGUCGCUCGCUUGCUUGCAGAUGUAGACUACGACCAGCGUCCAUUUACUGGCUGCGAUGGGCCGAGCACUUCAGAGGCGUCCUCAACCGUCCCUCCACCAUCUCCGACACCGCCAUCGCCCGUCUGCCUCAAUUGGAGACGAACGUCGACCUCGACCUCCCACCCUUUCUACACGAAACCAUCAGGACCGUGCAGCAGCUUCCCAGCAGUAAAGGGCCCGGAUCGAAUGCGAUCCCCGCUGAGAUUUACAAGCACGGUGGAUUAUCUGACUGCGCUCUUCCAGGAAAUGUGGCGUCAAGGAGGAGUCCGCAGGAUUUCAGGGACGCCACAAUCGUUCACCUCUACAAGCGGAAAGGGAACCGCCAAAUCUGCGACACCCACCGAGGCAUUUCCCUGCUGAACAUCACUGAGAAGAUGUUCGCUCGCAUUUUUCGCAACCGCCAGAACAACCAUCUGGAACAGGAUCUCCUGCCGAAAAGCGAGUGCGGCUUCCGUCGUCAUCGUGGUACCACCGACAUGAUCUUCGCCGCCCGCCAACUGCGGGAGAAGUGUCAGGAGAUGCGAACCCACCCCUACUCUACCCUCCUGGAUUUGACAAAAUCCUUCGACACGGUGAAUCGAGAAGGGCUGUGGAAAAUCAUGCAGAAAUUCGGUUGUCCAGAACGAUUCUAUCGGAUGCUGCUUCAGCUCCACGAUUGCAUGAUGGCGCGAGUUACGGACAAUGGAGCUGUCUCAGAGGCACUUUCACUGACCAGCGGGGUGAACAAGGGCUGCGUCCUCGCGCCCACCCUCUUCAGUCUCAUGUCCUCUGCCAUGCUGAUGGACGCCUACGGUGACGAAAGCGCCGGGAUCCGCGUCGCCUAUAGAACGGACGGCCACCUCCUCAAUCUGCACUUCCAGUCGCGUGUAUACACAACCACCGUCCACGAACUUCUGUUCGCCGAUGACUGCGCUCUCAAUGCAACUACUGAAGGACACAUGCAAAAGAGCAUG